UAAUAGCGAAACGGAGGCAUAAGCAUCCCGGUUCAUAAUAUUUCCGUUCAGUUUCCGUUCGGAAUCGCUCGUGGUAGUAUCUCUGGUGCGCGCGAAGGCCAGAAUAGCAUCCAAUCAAAGCAUAAGGACACUUUUGGCACUUUGUCAGAUAAUAAUCACACAGGUGGCUUGCAGUGGUGCAGUGGUAGGCGUUAAACAAUUCGCGCGACAGCAAAAGAAGAAGAAAGUGUUGUGCUUAUCUCUCUUAUCUUGCGUAGUCGGGUGAUGACGAGUUCAUACGAGUGUCGGUUUCCGAGUGGGACAUUCCUGCUCUAAUCAGUGGUGCCUUUGUAUGACGAUCUCCGCGACUACUCUUUCCUUUGUGACUGUCGUGAUUGUGAUUAGAUGCGCUCAUUUGGGCUGAUUAAAAAGAUUUAUUGAGGCACUCGUUACUUCUCGCAGGAAGCAUAAUUGUUGAAGAUGGAUGCAGUGCAUAGAAUUUAUGCUGAAGUGUUUUCGUUGUAUCAUGAUUACGGCGGACUUUGCAUAAUUUUACGUAAACUGUACAGCAUUGGAUCCAAUUCGGUAGUCCAUGGAUGGUGUUGCAAAAAGUGAUAAUUCAAAUGAGUCGCCGGUGAUAGGCAAGGUGAUUUAUAAGCGAAGCUCAUUCUCGAAGCUUGUCAUCUGCCGGCCAUUAUUGUCGGAUUAUGUGAUCGGAAAGACACAUUCCGGGGAUUAAAUGUGGUUAUUUGGUUAUGAAGUUUGCAGACUGACAGGCAGACUGGACAUUACCUUGAACCAUGGGUCCUUGAGACGAUUGGAACGUUACGUUGAGAAUUGUUGAGACUGGCACAAAUUAAAAACAAACAAAUAUCACGUACAUCGGGACGGAUUUGAACUGCACCGAGUUUUUGGCCACUGUUAUCUCGUUAGAAUACUAAUUAGUUCCACAGAGAUACAAAUUGCUUCAAACGAAUAACAUCAAGAUGUCAUCAACAAGCUUGGCUGACAUUAUUGAGGAAAAUCACGAGCAGAACAGUUGCUCGCUGGACAUGACUUUAACAGCGACGGCGACAGGGGCUCUUACGGAGUCUACUUCGAAGACUGCCAGCUCUAGCGUAGAUGGUGCUAGCCUUGGGACUAAAGAGCUCUACACUGUCAGUGUCGAGGAGGGCAGCUACGGAGCGAAGGACGCCAAAGAGUCAGCUGAAGCGAUGGAUCAGAAUUCCGUUCAUAAUUGUGGAUGGUUCAGCCUGCGACCACGAUGGAUUCAGCGAUUCAUGACGCCCAAGUGGGCUCUAUUUUGGCUCUGUUGGGCAGGGGCCGUACAAGGACUGGUCGUCAAUGGUUUCAUCAACGUUGUCAUCACGACGAUCGAGCGGCGGUUCGGCUUAAGAUCGACGCAGACCGGAUUAGUGGCAAGUGGGUACGAUAUUGCAUCAUUUUUAUGCCUGGUGCCCGUGUCCUACUUCGGUGGCCGGAUAGGUGCCUCCAAGCCUCGCUGGAUUGGGUGGGGUGUCGCCGUCAUGGGCCUCGGUGCGUUCGUGUUCGCUCUGCCGCACUUUUUGGUGGGCCAGUACAGGGCAACCAAUUCGGAGCAAAAUGUUUGCUCUAGCUUGGCGGAGUUGGUCAACGGAACGAACGCCGCAACAGCUGUUCACCUGCUAGGGGAGAGUUGCUCGUUGGACGGAAGCUCCGCCGGCGGUGGACUCGACAGUACGGAAAAUCUUUCCUGGAACGUUUGGUUUUUCUUCACCGCACAGCUCCUGUUGGGUGCUGGGGCCUCCCCACUGUACACGCUCGGUGUAACCUACAUCGACGAGAACGUGUCCAAGAAGAUGUCGUCUGUUUAUUUAGGCAUCUACUACACCAUGGCCGUGGUUGGUCCAGCUGCUGGAUACGUGAUUGGAGGACAAUUGCUGCUCUUCUACACCGACAUGUUCGUUGUGGAUUCUUCGUCAUUGGGCCUGACGCCGCACAGCAAGGUUUGGGUGGGCGCCUGGUGGAUCGGAUUCGUUUUCAUGGCUGCCUUCUGUCUGCUGCUGGCCCUACCGAUUCUGGCCUACCCACGGGCACUGCCCGGUUCGGAAAAACUGGAAAAGGUCUCCGAGGCGCACAAGGGUGACGUCGGCCAACAGAAGCAGACGUUUACCAAAAUCAGGGAAAUCCCAACCGCACUUGCCGCACUCCUCAAGAAUCCAACGUUUUUCUUCCUGAACCUGGCAGGAGCCUCGGAGGGAUUGGUGAUAUCCGGAUUUGCGGUGUUUCUGCCGAAACUAAUCGAAAAUCAGUUCAGCGUGACGGCGGUUUGGUCCGCGUUGUUAAUGGGCAUCAUAACCGUCCCAGCUGGAGGCGGUGGUACCUUUCUCGGUGGAUACCUGGUGAAGAAGCUAAAUCUCAGCUGUUCGGGAAUCGUUCGAUUUUGCCUGUUCGCCACCGUGUUCGCUGCCCUUUUCACAAUAUGUUUUUUCCUGUCCUGUCCGAAUCUAACUUUCGCUGGAGUGACGGCACCCUACUUCCCGCUGGACAAUCUCCGCACACCGGUGGCCCACUCCACGGAGUUGUUCUUCCUGCCGAAGACUCUGGACAACGCGUGCAACAGCAGGUGUUCGUGCAGCAAGCAGAACUACGAACCGAUUUGUGGAGCGGAUGGGGUUAUGUACUACUCGCCAUGCCACGCGGGUUGCUCGGAAGAGGUGAAUCUAGCAAAUGCGAAGGCGUACAAGGAUUGCGCCUGUAUCAACUCGACGUUCGGCCAGAAUGAACCGUACCGAAGUUACGAUGCGGUGAACACGAUGUGCGAAUCUCAAUGCAACCACCUGUGGAUUUUCGUGAGUCUGUGCUUCCUGGUGAUGUUUUUCACCUUCCUGGCGACGAUGCCGGCUCUCUCGGCCACGCUCCGUUGUGUUCACGACGAUCAGCGUUCAUUCGCGUUGGGUAUUCAGUGGAUAAAGGUGCGGGUGUUGGGGACAAUCCCGGCGCCGAUGAUUUUCGGUCGGCUCAUCGACGAAACGUGCAUCCUGUGGCAGGAAUCGUGCGAUGAGCAUGGUGCUUGUCUGGUGUACGACAAUGCUUUUAUGAGCAAAUACAUGCUUCUACUGGCACUGAUAGGAAAAGCCUGUUCCAUCGUAUUUUUCUUCGGAGCUUGGUUUUAUUACAUUCCACCGAAAGCCGUCGCGACGAAUGGUACCGACGAGAGAGUCAACAACAAGAAGCAACAGGUGAAUGGCGUAGUACACCACGUGGAAAAGUAUUAGGUGUUGGGAAUGAACUCUUCCUCUCUCCCCGCAUGCCAUAACUCGUUCUCAUUCAUAAGCAAAUCGGAGCAAUCGGAGCGGAGUGGAAGGAUAAUAGUCGUGAGAGGAGGCUCCUGCUAAAAUAAUAAUACACUCAGUUUCAGUCAUUCCAUUAGCAUUAGCGUUUAGGGAAACUAUGCGUAACUGUUUCACAAUCACUUUUAUACCAAAUAGAAAGAAACUCAUGUGUAAUAACUAUAUAAGGUAAUGAAGUUUGUACGGCAAUCGAGAAGCAGAUAUAUGUUCCACUAGGGGUUUUGUUGUUUCAUAUUUAUACAUAUAGGGGUUUCCAGUUUGGCUUGGGAUCAUAUUUUUUUCGCUGACCGACUGAACGCUAUUAUUUAUUAUAUUGCUAUCGAUCUGAUUAGAUAGCAUCGUGUGGUGACGUUUAGAUUAAGGUACGAUAGAAUCUCAAUUUUGUGUAACCUAAAAUAAGAUAUUGGUAAAAUAGAAUAACGAGAGAAAAAUUGUGAAAUGUAAUCGUGUUAUGUGUUUUCUUGCGUUGUAUAGUUUGUAGUUCCAAAAUGUAAGAUGUAUGUAAGAAAAAAACUCCAAUAAAACCAUCACAGUAGA